AAUUCACCGUGCUAGUAUGAUUUUGCCAAAUUAACCGUGUGUCAAUGCCUAUUGCGUUGUGAAUUCUUAUUCUUAUCUUAUACAAAAGAUUCAAAGGUACCUUGAAAAUCUACAAUUUCCUUUACAAUUGAACAAGGAAGCUUGAUAACCUUGGUUACUUAUGAAUAUAAUCUACUGAACAUGUCAUUACUGGUGUAUGCUGAAUAAAAGGCUAACUCUGUAUUAGAACUGCACAUCAAUGAAUGAAUGGUUGAAAACCACUGUGUAGUCAACACAUUUACUCAGUUUACGGACACUGUUGGAGCAUGUAGCUUUUGAGGCCACUAAGUUAGAUUCCAACACAUACAAUAUCUAUCUCAUGGACCUCAUACACACUUGAAAUUUUAACCACAUGUCUCAAUAAACCUAUCCAAAACCUUGAUUUAAACAAUCAAAUAAAACAACAAACAUGUACACAGUUCCACUGUCUCCAAACCUUUGAGACACCCUUUAUGUUUUAUCAUCAAACUUGAAAGAACAACCCCUGAAGGUGUCACCAUCCCCUUCUACCCGGUUUCAUUCUUCUGUAUGUAAUCUUGAAAGUUAUUAUUAUGAUAACUAAGCUAGUGCAUUCUCCAUUGUCUGAUUCUCAUCUGAGUCCUCUGGUUUGUAGAACUAUGAAUAUCGUGAAACUUCAAAGAUUUAUACCUGUUAUUAAUCGUUCAAGGAUAAACACUUCAAGAUUUGGUGACAAACCAUUAUGGUUUAGACCCUUUACUAUUAUUAAAGUUGCAGGAAAAUCCUCUGGUUAUGGCUUACUUGAAGAUGAAACACUUGCUCAGAAGAAAAUAGAACUUUUCCAGGCUUUGGAAGGAAUCAACAGAGGGAUAUUUGGAAUCCCAUCUGGCAAGAAGUUAGAAAUUGAAAGUUUGGUGGAGCAGCUAGAAUCUCAAAAUCCAACUCCAGAACCAACUCUUGAAUUGGAUAAGGUGGAUGGGUGCUGGAGGCUUGUUUACAGCACUAUUUCAAUUUUGGGAUCAAGAAGGACAAAGUUAGGCCUAAGAGACUUUAUCUCAUUAGGUGAUUUCUUUCAGAUUAUUGAUCAAGCCAAGAACAAAGCAGUCAAUGUGGUAAAGUUCAAUGCAAAAGGGCUGACAAUGUUGUCUGGAGAGCUUACUAUUGAGGCCUCAUUCAAGAUUGCUUCCAAAACAAGGGUUGACAUUACUUUUGAAAAAUCCACAAUCAUUCCUGAUCAGUUGAUGAAUGUGUUUCGAAAAAACUACGAUAUUUUGUUGAGCAUCUUCAAUCCAGAGGGGUGGCUAGAUAUCACAUAUGUUGAUGAUAACAUGAGAAUAGGAAGGGACGACAAAGGCAAUAUCUUUGUACUAGAAAGAUUUGAAGAUAAUAGCAACUCCUAGCCAUUUUGUUGUUCAUGAUUCAUUCUAGGAAAUACUAAAAGAAUAAUGCAAAGAAAUAUGCUAUGAUGCUUAAUACUCACUUAUUGCAAUUGCAUUUAAUUUUUUCAUACUCACUAGUGGUCACGAGUAGUUUGUACUUUAUUUUUUAAAAUUGUUUUAAAAUAAAAUUUUAGUUCUUCAAUUUUUUUACA